AUGGUUUGGCAAGUGGAUUUGAAAGGAAAGACGAUCGUAGUCACUGGAGGUAAUCGAGGAAUCGGUUUGGCAAUCAGUGAACAAGUUGCUCAAGCUGGUGCCCACGUCGCGAUCAUUUAUCGAUCGAGUAAAGAUGCUCCUGAAGUAGCUAAGAAGAUCUCCGAAAAGUACGGUGUCCACUGCGAGGCAUAUCAAGCAAAUGUGGCUGAUCAACAAGCUAUCACCGAUUUAUUCAAGAAGAUAUACUUUGAUGUUGGACCUAUCGGAGGUGUAGUUUGCAACGCAGGUAUAAACUACAAGAAAGACGCUUUGGAAUAUACCAAAGAAGACUUCGAUAAUCAUUUUGGACCUAACGUAUGGGGUGUGUUCACCUGCGCUCAGGCCGCUCAAAGAUUAUGGAAGGAACAUGAUUAUAAGAAUGGAAGAAUCGUUUUCGUCUCCUCUGUAUCUGGAACCAUUGCCAACAAGGGUGAAGUUCAGGCUUUCUACAACCCUACUAAAGCAGCCAUCAACUCCCUUGCAAAGACCUUGGCAAUGGAAUGGGCACCGUAUGGAACUCUUGUCAACGUCCUUUCCCCUGGGUAUGUCCUCACCGAUAUGAACUCUAACUUGAGAGACGACAAGGGACUGCGAGAAAAGGUUGCAUCCGAUGUGAUGUUGAACAGAAUCAGUGAACCUUACGAACAGGCUGGCACUGUGGUCUUCUUCUUGUCAGACUAUGCUUCUUACAUCACUGGAACGCAGUUGAUCGUAGAUGGAGGUUUACACCACUGGUAA